GUGUUCCUGAAAAUCUAUUCGUUAUCUCCUUCCGUUCUGCCUCCGCCACCGCGCAACCACUUCCCGCCAUGGCGCCGCCGCCGCAGCGCCCAUUCCCCUCCCGUCUUGGCCGCACCAACCUCUUCUCCUCUCCUCCCGCUCCCCUCCCUAACCGCCACAACCCCAAGAACCGCUCCCUCCCUCUCCCUCUCCCUCCCCUCCCCCCUCGCCGCCGCCGCCACCCCAAGAGCCACCCACAGCAACCUUCGCGAGAACAAGAGCCACCAAUGCCGGCUCCAAGAGCCAGGGACACCAACCCCGCCUUCCGCUCACCCCACCUCCGCACCGCCUACCGCAAGCCCGUGCCCCCGGCCGGCAAGGGCGAGGCCCUCCUCGCAGCGAACCCCACCGACGCCGCCGCCGGGCGCUCCGUCGUCGUCGGCCCUUCCGGUGUCACCUUCCGUCUCCCCGGAGCGCCCUUCGACUUCCAGUUCAGCUACUCCGAGGCGCCCCGUGCAGCGCCGCUGGCCAUCCGGGAGCCCCCGUUCCUGCCCUUCGCGCCGCCGACCAUGCCGCGGCCGUGGACGGGGAAGGCGCCUCUGCUGACCAAGGAGGAGAAGGCGCGGCGGAAGGGCGUGCGGCUGCACACGCCGCUCGGCCAGGAGUCGCCGCAAACGGUGAGCCCUCACGGGAUCAUGAUGGAGGUGAGGGGGAGGAGGCAGCUGGACCUGGGCAGGGUCAGCCCCGGCGACGGCAGGAGGCGAGAGGAGGUUCUAGGGGAACCGCUCACCCCCGCGGAGGUGCGCGCGCUUGUCAAGCCUCACAUGUCCCAUAACCGGCAACUGAACAUUGGGAGGGAUGGUUUGACCCACAACAUGUUGGAAAUGAUACAUUGCCAUUGGAGGCGCCAGGAAAUCUGCAAAGUAAGAUGCCGAGGAGUACCGACUGUUGAUAUGAAAAACCUUUGUUAUCACCUUGAGGAAAAAUCAGGUGGAAAGGUCAUUCACCGAGUAGGGGGUGUUGUUUUCUUAUAUCGUGGAAGAAAUUACAACCCACGCACUCGUCCUCGUUAUCCACUCAUGCUUUGGAAACCAGCCACUCCUGUCUAUCCAAAACUCAUCCAGCUAGCUCCAGAAGGGCUUACAAUAGAGGAAGCUGCUGAAAUGAGAAUCAGAGGGCAGAAUUUAUUGCCAAUUUUUAAAUUAGCAAAAAAUGGAAUAUAUCUCAAUCUUGUAAAAGAUGUUCGGGAUGCUUUUGAGGGAAAUGAUCUGGUGAAGAUUAACUGCGAGGGUUUAGAACCAAGCGAUUACAAAAAGAUCGGAGCAAAGUUGAGGGAUCUUGUUCCUUGUAUUCUUUUGUCAUUCGACAAUGAGCAGAUAUUAAUCUACAGAGGCAAAGAAUGGAAAUCCAGAUACUCGAAGCCUCUGACUCUCAUUCCAAAAGUUCAAAAGAGUGAUUUGUCAGUUUCAUCUUUUGCGAGUAGCUCAGAUGAAUCCACUGAUGCCAGCGAUAAUGUGGCAAUAAGAGAAGUAUUGAGACCCAGGAUGUUUAAACUAUGGAAGCGUGCAAUUGAGUCAUCCAUAGCAUUGUCGCUAGAUGACAAUGAAGCCGAUGCACUUACACCUGACGCGCUUCUCGCCAGGGUGGAGGAGUUCAGUAUCACAUCUCAGGCUGUGGAGCAUUCAUUUCCAGCUUUGCUUGUGGGCAAUAGCCCUGAAGUUGUAAAUGCUGGAUACAUGGAAGAUGAGUCUGAAGAUGAAACAGGUAACCCCCAAGUGAAUCAGUUUGAGCAAUCACCUGAUGUGAGCGAGGAUGAUCCCUUUGAAUACGACAUGCUUGAGCGUUUGGAGUCAUCAGCACCAUUGGGAUCAUUGCCAAUCGAUUCCGUCGUAGACCAGUUGAACAGUGAGUGAACAUAUGAUCAGGAAAUUGAGGUUUCAAGCUAAUGAAGCCUAUUGAAGCAUCGAGCGAUGAUAGUAACGCACCUGGAAUCGUGUGCUCGCACUGUAUAGCCGCUUUAGCCUUCAUCCAGUUGUAGUCUAAAUGAUCAUAGUGCCAGAGGAUUUGAAGAUUGCCAGCGAUGUGCCACGGAGAACCAUGAAAAGGGACCUGAUUGUAGUCUGCAAGCGCAUCCUUUUAUGUAAAGAAAACCGAUCAAUUUCUAUAAUCAAUACUCCCUCCGACCCAUAUUCUCAAAUUGCCCAAAUAUGUAUGUUUAAAAAGCGUCUAGAUGCAUGUAAUAUUUCGACAAGUAAUUCCGACCGGAGGGAGAACUAAAUAUAAAGCUUUGUGCAUGCAGUUGUGGCA